GACCACAAAGAAUGCCAUCGCUUCGGAUUUUGAUCUGUACCUCAUAUGGACUUGGCUUUCUGAAAUUGGAUCUAAAGACGGCUGGCGGGGCUUUAAGUUGAAGAUAUUUGCGGAUACCGUUUCAAACGAUUACGGCAAAGAAGACAAAGGACAAAGAGGCAGAAUGAUGUCUUGGUCGCGCCCUCUGUUUUUCUCUCUGCUGUUUUGCUUUGGUAAGCUUGUUCUGGCUCAAUUGAAAUACUCGACUCCAGAGGAAGUUAAAGUGGGAGCUAUAAUUGGAAACGUUGCCAAGGAUUUGGGACUUGAUGUCAGCACUUUGAUAAACAGGCGUUUUCGUAUUGUGUCCGGAGCCCAGGACGCGCUGUUUGAGGUAAACCAGAACAAUGGGGUCCUCUAUGUUCAUAAGACUCUCGACAGAGAACAGCUGUGCGACAGAAAUGGUGCUUGUUUAAUAGACCUGAAAAUCGUUGCUGAGAAUCCACUUGAAAUCCAUUAUGUUACAGUGGAAAUAACGGACACUAACGACCACGCACCGACCUUUGUUGAGAAAGAAAAGAUAAUAGAAAUAGCAGAAAAUACUUCACCGGGAGCACGAUUUCAGUUACCAGGCGCCCGUGAUCCAGAUGUUGGAAUAAAUUCCGUGCAGCGCUAUAAACUUAAUCAAAACGAAAAUUUUCAUCUAGAAAUUCGAGAUAGAGGAGAGGAUAAAAUCCCCUUCUUAGUGCUGCAGAGGAACUUGGACAGAGAACAAAAAACAAACCAUAGUUUGAUUUUAACCGCUAUAGAUGGAGGGACACCGCCAAAAUCAGCCAUUCUCAACAUCACCAUAAAGGUCCUCGAUAUCAAUGAUAACAGGCCGACUUUUUUCAAAGAAGUUUAUUCUGUAAUAUUGCAAGAAAAUGUUGCUUUAGAUACGGUUGUAAUAAAGGUCCAAGCAACUGAUCAAGACGAGGGAGCCAAUGGGGAGGUGGAGUAUGCCUUUGGGGGUGACGUUAGUUCCAAGUUGUUGCAGCCAUUUCGUCUAGACAGAAACACAGGCGAAAUUCGAGUUAGCGGACAAAUUGACUAUGAGACAACGGAUGUUUUCAAACUGGAUGUCCAAGCCUCUGACAGGGGUCAGCCUCCGAUGACAACCGACUGUAGAGUUAUUAUAAAGAUCCAAGAUGUCAACGACAAUAAGCCAGAAAUAGACGUGACAUCAAUAUCCAGCACAGUCCCAGAGGAUUCAAAACACGGGACUGUGAUCUCUCUUAUCAGUGUAACAGACGUUGAUUCUGGUCUGAAUGGCAAAGUCUUGUGCAGUCUGACGGGGGAUGUGCCAUUUGAAUUAAAACCGUCGUUUAAAGAUAAUAUGUAUUCAUUAGUGACAAAAGAAACCCUAGACAGAGAAAGUGUGUCACAUUACGAUAUUUCAAUAACAGCCACAGACUGUGGUGAACCUCCACUUUCCACAUACAAAACUUUGAGUAUUCAGGUGUCAGAUGUAAAUGACAACAUCCCAGAGUUCCCACACAGUCCGCUAGAAUUAUAUUUGACAGAAAACAAUUCUCCUGGUGCUUCGAUAUUUUCUGUGAGUGCUUUUGAUAAAGACUUAAACGACAACGCUGUAGUGUCAUAUCGUAUAAUUAGAGGAGAUGGCAGUUAUAAUGAUAUGACGUCUUUUCUGAAUAUAAAUUCUGAAAACGGACAAAUCACUGCACUGAAAAGUUUUGACUUUGAGACUCUGAAAACGUUCCAGUUCCAAGUCGUGGCCACAGACUCUGGAACUCCGUCACUGAGCAGCAACGUCACAGUGAACGUGUUCAUUCUGGAUCAGAACGACAACGCUCCAGUCAUCCUGUAUCCAGUCAGCUCCAACGGCUCUGCUGAAGGUGUGGAGGAGAUUCCCCGCAAUGUGAACGCAGGACACUUGGUGACUAAAGUCAGAGCCUAUGACGCUGAUAUAGGAUAUAACGGCUGGUUACUCUUUUCACUGCAGGAAGUCACUGACCACAGUCUCUUUGCUUUGGACCGCUAUACAGGACAGAUCAGAACACUUCGCUCAUUCACAGAGACAGACGAGGCUGAGCACAAACUGCUCAUACUGGUCAAAGACAAUGGGAACGUUUCCCUCUCAGCAACAGCUACUGUGAUUGUCAAAGUGGUGGAGCCCAAAGAGGCUUUUGCAGCCUCUGAUGUUAAAAGUGCAGCCAAAGAUGAUGAGGGGAAUGAUGUGACUUUUUAUCUCAUCAUAACUUUGGGCUCAGUUUCAGUCCUUUUCCUCAUCAGUAUCAUCGUGCUGAUUGCAAUGCAGUGCUCCAAAUCCACAGACUAUACUUCUAAAUAUCUACAAGAGACUAAUUAUGACGGGACACUGUGUCACAGCAUCCAGUACAGAUCUGGAGACAAACGCUACAUGUUAGUUGGACCCAGAAUGAGUAUAGGAUCUACUAUAGUCCCUGGCAGCCAUGCCAACACACUGGUGCUCCCUGACAGGAGGAGGACAUCUGAGGAGGUAAGACCUAAAAAGCAUAGUUCCAUAAAAUGUGAGCAUGUAGUUCCUUGCUUGUGA